GUGAAUUUUAGAGUAGCGAUAAACUUUUCCAGAAGUUUCUCUACAACACAUAAAUUUGGCGCAGGAGUCUAAAGAACUUAUCCUGUCUUAUCUUUCCAAUAUUGUUUAUACACAUUUGUACAUUAAAAUAUUAGAAAAAAUAACACUGUUUUUAAAAUGAGUGAAACUAGACAACAAAAUGGAAAUGUAUUUAAAGAUAGAGAAAAACCGACACAAGUUCGAUCUAGUAAUAUCACAGCAGCCAAAGGUGUUGCAGAUGCAAUAAGAACAAGUCUUGGCCCUAAAGGAAUGGAUAAAAUGAUAAGAGCUGGUGACGGAAAUGUAACUAUUACAAAUGAUGGAGCAACAAUUUUAAAACAGAUUCAAGUUCUUCAUCCAGUUGCUAAAAUGCUAGUUGAACUUUCCAAAGCUCAAGAUGUAGAAGCUGGUGAUGGAACAACCUCUGUAGUGGUGAUUGCUGGAAGUCUUCUUUCUGCAGCACAGAAACUUCUGGAUAAAGGUAUACAUCCAACUAUUAUUUCAGAAUCCUUCCAACGUGCGUCAUUAAAAGCUUGUGAAAUAGUAACUUCGAUGUCUAUGCCUGUUGAUCUCUCUGACAGAGAUACUUUAUUAAAAAGUGCUACAACAUCCUUAAGUUCAAAAGUUGUGUCACAAUACUCUGGUUUGCUUGCUCCAAUUUGUGUUGAUUCAGUUCUCAAGUUGGUUGAUCCUGCAAAAGACUUUAAUGUUGAUUUAAGAGAUAUUAAACUUGUCACUAAACUAGGAGGUACAGUCGAAGAUACAGAACUUGUUGAUGGACUAGUACUUGACCAUAGGAUUUCUCACUUUGCUGAGGGUGUUGCUCGUGUCGAAAAAGCCAGAAUAGGACUGCUUCAAUUUUGUAUUUCUCCACCAAAAACAGACAUGGAAAAUAAUGUGAUAGUUAGCGAUUAUACACAAAUGGAUAGAGUAUUGCGUGAAGAAAGGGUUUAUAUUUUAGAAAUUUGCAAAGCAAUUAAAAAAGCUGGCAUUAAUGUUGUCUUCUUGCAAAAAUCGAUUUUAAGGGAUGCAAUAAAUGAUAUGGGUCUUCAUUUUCUGGGGAAAAUGAAAAUAAUGGUUGUCCGAGACAUUGAAAGGGAUGAAGUAGAGUUUAUUUGCAAGACUCUAGGGUGUCGUCCCAUAGCUAGCGUUGACCAUUUAAAUCCUGAUAUGCUUGCUAGUGCUGACUUAGUUGAAGAAUAUUCAACUGGUGCUGCUAAAGUUGUUAAGGUUACAGGAAUCGCUAAUCCAGGUAAAACUGUAAGCGUUCUUGUACGCGGUUCCAAUAAACUUGUGAUAGAUGAAGCAGAGAGAUCCAUCCAUGAUGCUUUAUGUGUUAUUCGAUGCUUGGUGAAAAAGCGAGCAUUGUUGGCUGGAGGAGGUGCCCCUGAAAUAGAAUGCAGUGUAAAGCUUUUAAGUUAUGCAAAAACAUUAGUUGGAGAAGAUGCCAUUUGCUUCAGAGCCUUUGCUGAAGCACUUGAGAUAAUUCCUUACACUCUUGCUGAAAAUGCUGGUUUGACACCAAUCUCUGUUGUGACUGACCUUCGUAAUAGACAUAACAAUGGUGAAGUUAAUGCCGGGAUCAAUGUUCGAAAAGGAUGUGUAACAAACAUGGUAGAAGAGAAUGUUCUUCAACCACUUCUUAUAACUCUUUGUGCAAUUUCAUUGGCUGCUGAGACUGUUAGGAGCAUCCUUAAGAUAGAUGAUAUUACAUUCAUUCGUUGAUUGUUUUUGGAUAUGCUUUCAUCGAACUCGUAAGCGUGCCUGUUCAUUCUAGCGCAAUUAUAUUGCAACAAACUUUAAAUGGAUCGGAUCCAAAUACUCUCUAAUUGUACCAUACAUCAGACCGAACUCUUAAACGCUUUUGUAUUGACAAUCAUUGUUAGAUAAAAUUCUUUUUGCAAUUUAA